AUGAGCACUGGCAUGAACGCCGUUACUUCGCUCUUUUCCAUCACCACCCUGUUUCUGUGCCUGCCAGUUCAGAUCAAUGCCGCAAAGAAUGACCAACAGCCGCUGCAGGAAAGCGCGACUGCCACCAACAGCAAUCUAGCAAAGAUCUCUCAACUAUUCUCAUCAACAACUGCUACUAGCAACAGCGCUUCUGCAACAGCCACCACUGCCCCAUGCUGCGGUGCUGACUGCCCGCCAGGCUACUGCAACAUUCACCACCCUGCAAUCGACUCCAUUACGGAUGUUGCCUGGCUGUAUCCAACACCUACUGCAGCUGCUCCCAGCAGCAGUCUAACCUUCCCAUGCUGUCAUGCCGCCUGCCCAGACGGUGCCUGCCGACCAUCGCCUGGCUACUCAUCGGAGCGGCCGCCGAUCAAAGCGCGCCAGACGCCAGCACCAGAAUCUCCCGGUGGUGGUAAUGAGCUGGUCCCUCCAGGGCAGCGUCAUCCAAUCUUCGGUCCUGGGCGUGGACAAGAUCCGGACAACGCUGGCUGUUGGGGCUGCGCUCCCGGCUGCGUGGGCUGUAUCUUCAGCCUAAGGCCUCAUCUGCCUGGACAGGCAACGGAUACUGCUGCGGCUAGAGCUCCGAAACCCACGGAUGCGCUGAGUAUCGAGAAGCAAGCCGAUCGGUGUUUCGGCUGUGCGGGCGGUUGGUGCUACCCUUGUCGUGGGGAGAAAAUUAUCGAUGUCGUGGGCCUGCCGCCUGAUCAGCUGCUGCAGGACGCGUCGUCGAGUGCUAGCGGGGCUGCAGCGAAAAUGACUGACGCGGUCAAGUCUGCUGUUGGAGCCCAGGAUAAGGAUGGUGAUGCGAAUGGGCCACAGCUGGCCGACCCAUCCCUUCUGCUGGGCAACGACGUCGUGGACGGCAUCAUCGGCAUCGAUCAAGAUAUCGUACCCAUCAUGGUGCAAGGAUUCGCAUCCAAAGCAGCCGGCAGCAUCGCCGAAGUCUCCGGAACCGAGACUUUCGAGCUUUUGACCCUGCUUGCAACGUUGGACACGAAGGUCAGUGAGAACUAUAUCUCCCUAAGGGUCGUCCGUGCGCUCGGUCAAGAGGACAAGAUCACUGCCUCAAAGUUCAAAGAACCCAAGAAGGCAGUCUUGAACAGCAUGCUCGACAGUGUUCAGACUUCUGGUUGGAUCGAGAUGGGCAUCGUCAUUGGGAGCAUAAUCGGCGGCGAGCAGGACUCGCACAGAUUGCUGAAGGGUGUGAAAUGGAACGUCUACGAUGAUGAGGGUGUGAGCAAUGUGCCGGGCUUCGUGCUGGGCACGAAGCUGUUGGGUGAGGUCGGUGGCUUACGGACUGUCGAAUCUGUCAGUCGCGAAGUCGAGGCGGGUGCUAGGAUUGUGGGCGUUGCUCAUGCCAUCAUUUCCACAGGGGGAAACGCCGAUGCAGUAGAGCAAAGGAAGGACGAACUAUGA